GAGAGGGAUGGAGCGGGAGGGGAGGGAGGAUCACUGCAAGCAUGUGAGGAACAGAACGCAAAGGAGAGAGCAAAGAGAGCGGUAAAGACUCACAGAGGACUAAAGGAUUAUUAGAGAUGUGAGCAAACAGACGAGAGGACAAUCAAGGGACUGGAAAAGACGAGGAAAACAUCAAAUGCACAGAGUCUCUGCCAACUCAUCAUCUUCGGGUCGUUGGUCAGAAGCUGGGAAAAACCUUGACAAUGGCAAAUUGCUGAACUACUGAGGGGAUCAUUAAUGAAAGGGCAUUGAGUUGUAGAGUGGGUAUUGAAUGCCGAGCUGUCCCCUGCCAGCACACUACCACUUUUCUGACCCACUUUCGAUUGGACGUAAUCUGGCUGACUCUGACUGAUGUCCCUGCUCGCUCCAUCCCUCUUCAGCUCCCCGGGGGGCUGAGGCAACCUGCCGAGGAGCAUGGGCAGGAGGGUGUCCGACCCAACAAAUCCCGUGCCCGCGCUGGGAGUACCCUUAGCAGUGGGACGAUGGGGCCCACUAUGCAGUGUUGGGGUACAGACUUCUCCUGGAUUGCGAACUCUUCCUUCCAUCAAACGACACGUCAGCGAAGUGGCCAACCCGCAGCAAGCCCUCACCAUGGCAACAAGUGCAGAGGAGACAGGAGGAGUUAUCAGGAGUGACGGCAACAGUCUGUCACUGUCCAAGGAGGCGUCUCAGAACGAAAUCAACAACCAAACACAGGAUGACAUGGGGUCACAAGGGUCGGGCAGUGGCGUUUACUGCCAGAUAAAAAUGAUACGGACGAAUCCAACAGACUCAAAGGGGAAAAGGGCAUCAAAGUACACCAAUGGCAGCGUGGUGGGUUCUGACAUGGUCGGAGGCGUUUGCACUGAGGCCCCAGAGGAAAAGCAGCAGAGCCAAGAGAAAAGAAAGGUGCAGUCUUUACGUGGGGAGCAACAUCAUUCUGUGUUAAAGACUGGGGUCGUUUGCACGACGGUUCAUGCCACCCCACCGCGGCCCUGUCGGAUGGCGGCGACCUCCUCGCCCCAACUGUGCGGAACGUGCGGGAGGAGACGGUCGCAGCUUACCCAAUGCACGGGCGCAUGUCGCAGGAGGGGAGCACCUCAAAUAUCAUCAAGCCAGACUUUACCACACCCCGCAUGGAAGCAGGGUACAGUGCCGAACUACUCAAGAAAAGAGUCGGCCCUGGACCCCAAAAACCAAGACACAUCAGUUAAAACCAGUAAAAUCCCGCAGUUGUCACACACAAUACCAAAAAGACACAAUUCUAACUCCAGUAGUGCAGCACCCACUCGGAAUAAAACAAAGAAUCAGCAGACAAGGCCGCAUUCUGCAGAGUUUACACACUGCAAGGACACAGCCACACAAACAGCUGACACACAACCUAGCAGGACUGUCUCACAGGCACCACCAACAAACUCAUCCACUAAAACAGAACCACUUUUAUCAGACAAACACAAGCAUGAUAAAAGUCAGUAUGCAAAUUUAAACUCCAAGCCUCCAGAACCUUCUGGUCAAACAAAUACAAAAUGUAGCACCCCUCCAUCUCUCCCUGCAAAGAAAUCCUCCAAAAUGACUGUCUCCAAACCAUCCAGUCUCACAGAUUCCAACAAAAACAUACAACAGACAAACAGUCCCAAACAAAACUGCUCUAAAGAGACUAAACUAAAGGACUUUCCAAAACAAAAGAGCAAAUCGUUUGAUGACCACACUCAGUCUUGCAAGACGCACAACACAGCGCAAUGUAACGGCGCUCCACCAGGACUACUGGCUGGGAGUGCCCCUCGUGGCCUGGAGUGCAAGUUACAGAGUGUAGAAGAGAACCUUGUGUCCAAUCAAGAGAAGAUCAAGGUGCUCCUCAAUGUCAUCCUGGACCUGGAGAAGAGUAAGGCCCUCAGCGAAGGCCGAAGCUCAUACAGAACGGGUCAGGACAUUAACAACUGUCCCACCUGCCAAAAGACAGCCUGCAUCAUCUACAGUGUGGAGCACGACUUCCGCCAGCAGGAGGGACGCUUCCAGGGGGUGAUGGAGUACCUGGAGGGAGAGUACGAUGUGCCUGCACCCCUUCUGACCAAAGCCGCAGUGGCCACAUCCCAGGCCAACCGGCCCAGCGCCAAAGCCCGUGUCAAGAAACUCCGCAAGAAGUGUUUCUGGUGGCUCUGAUAGUAGCACAGCAGUCUCUAAGGGAUACAAGUGUAGUUGAGUCCAGAAUGUUCCAUUGCAAGGGAAUUUGACUGUGGUACAGUGGCUUUGGAAAAUAAGUGGAAAUGGGACAAACAUAUGAAGUUCAUAGGAGCUGCUAAACUUCCAAUGUACGGUAUAACCAGACCUAUAUUUUUAUUUUGUGGUCCAAGUGGGGAGCCUAUCUUACUAUUAUAUAGCCUGUAGCAUACAGAUGGAGAAGUAAGACAUAUUGCCACUUGGCAAAGUGUUUGUCCUGGAAGAUAUAUUCAAAGGACUCAUCGCUGAAUGAUUUCAUCAAUACAGAUGAAAAUGAAACACAAUGUGGCUGUUUUGGCAAAAUUACAAUGGCAAAAACUGAGAACCAAAAUAACAUAUAUAUUUAAAAAAUCCCUGGAAUUGAACAGCCUGAUGUUGGAUGUAGCGCUAAGUGAAGCACCAAUGAGGACAUGUGGAGGAACUCAAUCUGAGGAACUCAACAGGGCAAUAAAGGGACAGCCUGUUUGGGUGGAGUCAGCAAAGUGUUUGAAAUGUUAACGGUGAAUACAUUAAGAGACAUGAUGGAGCAGCUGAUGACAGACUGACAACCUGUCUCGUGGUAUUAACAUUUGUGUCACCGCUGACCCACUCACUGAUGGAUUCUAUACAGCAUUUCCAUUUAAAGUGGGCUUCCACUUUCGGCUCAAACUUUCUACACUUAGAGUAUAUUCAUUCAGGAUUCAUACACAUGCAACAAAAGAAAAUCUGUUGCAAAAUGUGCGUACACCAGCAAUGUAUUCAUUGUUCGUAAUUGGUUUGUAUGUAAUGUUCCCAAAUGUGCCGGGUUUAGGCCAAUCUGAGCCCAAAGUAGCAACAUAGAGCGAAAAACAUCCUUUUAAUAUAAACAGUUGGUUACAAACUAAUGCAGUCUGGAUUGGGCAAAUAUUUGUGACAUCAUUUCAACAUUCUGUCCACACGAAGGCCACAGCAUUAUUGAAGCCCAUUUCUAUUUGGCACACUCAGAGAGGUCUUGAUUUAAAUAAAACAUGUUUAAGAACAUUUCUGAAAACAGAAAGACUAAGAAUUAGUAGUAUAGCCCAUUUGAGCACUUUCAUUCUCAUCUUUAGUUAUUGAGAACAAUUGCAAUAUGCAGUUCGCGUCCCAUUGACCAUGUGUGAGCAUACUGUACAUCACAGGGAGAAAAUGGAAUGGUAGGUUAAACAUGUUGAUGUAAUAGCCAGCAUGUGGACAAGGGUAUUGCUUUUGGUGGUCGCUUUAAUGUUGUCACUACAUGGAAAACAUGUGAUGGUCUGGUAAGAUACAGUGUAUUAGAUUUGACAGGGAUAGGAGGCAUGGAAGCCAAGACUUCCCCUCUUCCCAGCCAUGUCAUCCAGCUCUUCUGUGACAUUCCAGAGGCAUUCCAAAGCCAACCGGGAGACAUAGCAUGUCAUCCCUGUGGCAACCACCUAAGGGAAUAUGCCCAGAACACCUCACCAGGGAGGUGUCGUGGAGGUCCUGAGGAGAAGCCCCAAUUGCAGAGGAGCUGAAACUCUACUCUGAGCACCACCCACAUGACCGAGCUUCUAUUUUCUAUCUUCUUAUUAUAAGUUAUUGCAGCCACUUGUUCUUUGGGCCAUGACCCACAGCUUCUGAUUAUAGGUGAGGGUGGGAUUGUAGUUCAGCUGGUACAGUACAGAAAGCUUUGCCUUUUUGCUCAGCUACCUCUUCACCGCGACAGAUCGAUUACUGCAGACAUUGCACCAACCGGCCUGUCGAUCUCCUGCUCCAUCCUCCCCUCACUCGUGAAUGAGACACAAAGGGUCAAACACCUUCUCCAAGUUUGCAAAGCACAUGUAGAUUGGUUGUGGUAACUCCCAUGCAACCUUGAGGACCCUGUCCAAGAUGCCAAUGAUGAAGAUGCAGUGCUAAAUUAACACCUAUCUGACGGAAUCAAUCGAAAAUUAGCAUUCUUUGCUUAAUGGCUACAGAAAUUUGGGGUGAUCUCAGUAGCUAGUACAUGGUAAUAAUGUUGUGGCCAGUUAGUGUGCACUACACAAAAUAUUUUGAUACAUCGAGUAUAAAUUUGACAGCCUUAAAGCUGCAGCCUAGGUAUUCACGAUACAAUAAAGAUACUCCCACAACAGACAAAAUAAACCCCCAAACUCAUCAAAAUGUUAAACAAGUCUGUUCUUCAGGUUGACACAGUGGAUUCAAUUCAAGUAAGUUGACAGGUAAAUGAUUUACGGUAUAUAGAUGCAGAUAUUUUCUUUUUAGAAGUGAACUGCUUGUGCAAUAAAACAAAUAGCCAAACACCCCCCCCCCCCCCCCCCCACACACACACACACACACACGCUCACACUUCGUAACAGUCACCCACAAAUAAAGACAAUUCAGUUCUAGUUCUAAGCAAUACAAACUCUAACCUUGUAAGCCUCAUUCAACUAAUUGCUGACAAGUAGCUAACAAUUACAACCCUGGAUGUUCUUAGACUUAAAAAUGCAGCAGUCUAUUACAAAUGUUUUGGGUAUUUGCCCCAAAGUUCUCCUAUAAUGGUGUCCAUGCAUCUCCUCGUAUUUCUCCCAUGUGUACAAUAAACUAGUUUAUUUUCCACAA